GAUGACAAGAGACUGCGGACAUAGUACAGGAAAUGACCAGAGACUGCAGACAUAGUACAGGAGAUGACCAGAGACUGCCGAUAUAGUACAAGAGAUGACCAGAGACUGCGGACACAGUACAGGAGAUGACCAGAGACUGCGGACACAGUACAGGAGAUGACCAGAGACUGCAGACAUAGUACAGGAGAUGACCAGAGACUGCCGAUAUAGUACAAGAGAUGACCAGAGACUGCGGACACAGUACAGGAGAUGACCAGAGACUGCGGACACAGUACAGGAGAUGACCAGAGACUGCGGAUAGUACAGGAGAUGACCAGAGACUGCGGACAUAGUACAGGAGAUGACCAGAGACUGCGGACAGUACAGGAGAUGACCAGAGACUGCGGACACAGUACAGGAGAUGACCAGAGACUGCGGACA